CGAUCGUGUGCCGGAAUAGUAAUCCCACGGCUCAGCCAUCUUCGACUCUGUUUGCAUCGAGUUCGAUCAGACAUGGUAGCCGUGUCAGCUGAUCGGUCGUCGCCCCAUCCAGCUUACAUCAGUCGUAAUCAUUCUCUACGCUGGGGUCCCCCAUCCGUGCGCAGCAUCUGAUGUAUGUAUAAAUCUUCGGCCAGCGUGGUCGUCCCCGCAAAUCCCUUCCCCCUCACCUCAAUUUCAACACGCUCGCUCUCGAGUCUGAGCUAUUGUAUCACUGCCAGAACAUGGCCCAGCUUCACCGCCACGAUACACACGCACAUCAACCAGACAUGUUGUCAGCGACCGCUUAUCCUGUACCGAGCAGCUCUCGGCUUGGGCUCGUGUCCACCGAUGGCAGCGCAACGCGGCAUGAAUCGGCUUCAUCGUCAGGCUGGUCGAGCCCUAUGUUCAAGUCUUCCGACCUGGACCUCUUCGACGUCGACACUCGAUUUGGCCGCGAUCUUGGCAUGGACGACACGAUUGAGAACGAUGAUGCCGAAUGUCGGUUCGAUGACCACUUAGAUGGUCAGAUCACACCUCCUUCGACAGCCCCUCCCAGUGCCUACUCAGCCUCGUGCUUUGGCGUUGGCAACAAGCACGCUACGCUGGCUCCUCCUCGACAUCACGGACAUCGCGCGCCUGCUGCUGCUCACCAUGCAAAGUCGGACGCUCAAGUUGGAGCAGCUGCAAGCUCGAGAUACCACGCUGCUUCCGUGGUCGAUCACGCAGGAGCCAAUGCCACCCACGAAUCGCCAAACUCCCCAGACGAGUCUUCUCCGCUCUCGUCCGCCUCAAAUUCAGAUCUGGAGGGCGAGAACUCGGAGGAUGAGCUGGGCAUAGAUCUUCCUGCCGCGACGCAGCACGCACAAAGUGUUCUCUUAGCGGAGGCAAAGGCUCUGAUGGAAGCUGCCUCGAGGCUCCAGACUCAACCAAGCGAAUUCAAAAAAGCCAUCAAAACAAUCGUGCACUGCGUUGCUGGAGGAGGCAAGAUUGUCUGGACAGGAGUGGGCAAGAGUGGCAUCAUCGCGCGCAAGCUGCAUGCAUCUUCACUUUCUCUUGGACUUUCCUCUGCCUGGCUUUGCCCCAUCUCUGCUCUACACGGAGAUUUGGGAACCUUGAGCGGUCAUUGGCCACAAGCACCCAGGCCGCCACUCCUAAGGGCAAGAAUGGCAGAGCACAGGGCGCCGCCGGCCCCUGUGCCAGACGUUCUCUGCGCGCUUUCGCAUUCCGGAGAGUCUGCCGAACUAUUGAACCUGUUGCCUCAUGCUCAGGCUAGAGGCUGCCCCAUCGUUGCCUUUACCAGCAAGGACGAGAGCAGCCUCGCCAAGGCGGCGAAGAUCACACGCGGCGCUUGGGUGGACUGCAGGACUGCUAGUCCAAUGGUCGAAGCCGGUACAAAUUCGACAGCAGCUUCGGAAUCCCCUUCGCAAACCACUGGAAGCCAUGCCACCACUGCUCGUGCGCGGUCCGAUUCCGCCCACUGCUCAUGUUGUCCAAAUGGCUCUUACGACGCGAAUACAAGCCCCAUCAACACUUCAGCAGAAGCCGACGCACUAGUGCCCGCGCCGACAUCCAGCACAACAGUCGCCCUGGCAAUGGGAGACUCGCUCGUUCUGAGUGUCGCUCGAGCAUGUGGGUUGGGUGUGCAGAGCUUCAAACAAAAUCAUCCCGGCGGUUCUCUGGGUGCGCGCUUGGUUCACGCUUAGCACAGCAAAGCACGGCGCCGCCUCACUCCUUCAGAGCCAGGCCAAACCCCUUCUCAUUCACCACCCUCACGACGUUCUCCUUGGCUAUUGUAUAUCGCUAGCACUUUCCUCACCCUUCACAUGGUCACCCCGAACUCGUUCUCUUUCGCAUCACAUAGAUCUUCGACUCUGCGAGUUUGAAUUGCAUACAUCCUUGG